UUCACGCCGCAUACCUUUCGGCGCAGCAAUUGGGCGCAUACCCUUAACAUAUUCAAGCUGCACAUAUUAAGGACACCCACUGGCACUUUGCGCUCGUUUCUUUGCGCUUGUUUCAACAUGACAGUGGAGGGCCCCUUCUCUGAGGGCCCGCAAGACCGCAUUCUUGGCCGCGAGCCAACGAGCCAACAACCUAACAACAAUGAGCAGACGCCUGUAAAGGAGGCCCCGCCAACGCCUUCAACCGGCUCGGCUGACACUCCAGAGAAGCCCCACCCCGUCAAACGAUUUUUCCUUGCGGCGUGGGACCUCAUAUGCGAGCACUGGUUUAUCCUAGCGCUCGGGUUUGCCAUCGGCUUUGCCAAAGCGGUGCCUGACUUCGGUCGCAAUGGCGGGUGGAUCGCUGCGCAGUGGACCAUCAAAUACGGCGCUGUUAUCAUCAUCUUCUUUCUGUCAGGAUGCUCGCUAAAAACCAAGGCGCUGCUAACCGCGGCGACUCGGCUCCAUCUACAUCUCUUUAUCCAGUGCAUUUGCCUCGUGCUGACGCCAGCCAUUGGCUAUGGAAUUUCUCGCGGCCUGGCACGGACCAGUAUGAACGAGGACCUGGUCAACGGCCUGGUGGUGGCCAUGACCAUGCCCACGACCAUCAGCACGAACGUGGUGUUCACAAAGCAGUCGGGCGGCAACGAGGCCGCCGCGCUCAUCAACGCGGUGGUUGGCAACAUCAUCGGCAUCUUCGUGUCGCCAGGCUGGCUGUACUUGUACCUCAAGCGCUCGGGUCAAGCCUCUUACAGCGAUGUGAUUGUCCAGAUGGCCAUCACCAUCAUUGCGCCGCUGGUGGUGGGGCAGCUGGUGCAGUACUUUGGGCCCGACCUGGUCAAGAAGGCGCAGGAGUACAUCAACUUCGGCAAGGUGGGCAACGUGAUGAUCGUGCUGCUGGUGUGGAACACCUUCUGCAACACCUUCCACAAGGACAUCCACCUGGGCGCCGGGUCCUGGGUGCCCAUGUUGUUCCUGGAGAUCGGCAUGUUCCUGCCCUUCACCGUCAUGUGCCUGCUGCUGGCCACCUUCGUGCCGUUCAAGAAGCUGUUCAGCAUGGACAAGCCGGUGCUAACGUAGAUGGCUCGGCAGCUUGAGUCGCGCUAGGAUGCGUGAGUUGGAUGUCUAGGACGUGGACAUGGCCGUGACGUGCACCAUUGUUGGUGCGCGUGCACCGAGCCCGAUGAUGGCCCUAGGCCUGAGGGACAUGCGUGAGUCUAGAAGUACCCCGGCGGGCAACCAACGGGAGAGACAAGCGGCCAAUUCGUAAAGACUUCAAGAGGUCAUGCACCUAUGGAUAGAUGUAAAGAAGCUGAGUGUGCAUGAUCCCACUGUGCUAUUUGGGGUACGACCCGAGGCCAAGCGGCCAGCGUAAAGACUUCACGCCGCAUACCUUUCG